CAAUUACAUUACGCACACACACGCUGCUGGACACCAGACGACCCGACAGGAGAAAAAAUCAAGGCAUUCAAAUAAACACAACGUAAGUUCUCAGCUUUUCUUAAGCUUGAUUUGGAUAAAACAGCUGUGUAUGUAGAUCUCUCCUGAUGCGACGCCUUUAAGAAUGAGCACACAGGAAGAUGAGAAACAGGAUGUUGGAUAUGAGACUCCGCCUAUGUGUGACCUUCUGACCCUGCUGUUAAAGAACCGGCGACCCUCAGGGGCCUGUAAUGAGGUCUGGUCCAACAUCUACAUCAGUGACGCGGCAACAGCGAGAGAGAAGACGCUGCUGCAGAGUUUCGGGAUCUCUCACAUCAUCAACGCUGCACAUGGACCACAUCACAUCGACACCGGAGCAGACUUCUAUUCAAACACAAACAUACAGUACUACGGCGUGGAGGCGUCAGACAACAGAAACUUCGAUAUGACGCCAUUUUUCUACCCUACAGCCGCUUUUAUUCAUGAUGCUUUAAACCAGCAACAUGGAAAGGUUCUGGUUCAUUGCGCUCGAGGCGUGAGUCGCUCAGCAGCUCUGGUGUUGGCGUAUCUGAUGAUUCAUCAAAGACUUACUCUGUCUGAAGCCAUAAACAUCGUUUCUGCACGUCGAAACAUUUUACCCAACGCUGGAUUUCUUCAGCAGCUCUGUCAGCUGGACUCCACACUCGCCCUUGACAGAAAACCUACUCCUGAGGUUCAUUCCUACUUCUGGUUGAAGAUGACGUCUCAAGGGAAAACUGAAGCUUCCGAAGAGGAAUAUUUCACUCCAAACGGCUACGAGCUUGAGAAACAUCUCACACACGGCAGCGUGGCCUACACACACGUCAAUGAGGUCUGGCCCAAUGUUUACAUAGGAAACGAAGAAACAGCAAGAGACCGACACAAGCUGAAGAGUCUGGGCAUCACACACAUACUGAACGCUGCUGAGGGCGAGUGGAACAGUGUCGACACAGGGCCAGAAUACUACAAAGACAUGAAUGUGGAUUACUACGGUAUCACAGCAGAAGAUACCACUAUCUUCAACCUCAGCCAGUACUUCUGUACCACAGCAGAAUAUAUCCAUCAGACGCUCGUGAACCCCCAGAAUAAGAUGCUCAUUCAUUGUGUGAUGGGUCGCAGUCGCUCGGCUACACUUUUUCUGGCGUACCUGAUGAUCCAUGAGAACAUGACGGUGGUAAACGCCAUUGAUCACGUCAAAAGCCGCAGACGCAUCAUACCUAACUGGGGCUUCCUGAAACAGUUGAGAGAACUGGACAUCUCACUGCUGGAACAGAGAAGAGCACAAAACACACAACAAACACAAGACAUGUAAAGGAAUAGUUUCUCAACUACGCUCUUCCAAAGCUUUAUGCUGGAAUCUCUCUCAAUGAAACACAACACAAGAUUUCUUUGAAGAGUCUUCAGCAAGGCCUUUAUCUGACAUCUCCAAACCCUCAUAUGGAAACCACUGCUGCUCACCAUCCAAUCCAAUCUCAACGGAAAAAAUCUGAAUGUUUCUUGUUGAAUAGACAUUUUUCUUGACUUAAGCACAUCAUAACGUACUAUUUUGUAAAGAUUAUUAUCAAUAUUAUAAUGUGUACUGUUUCACAUACUACUGUAAAAGUAUACUGGGUGGUAAACAGGACAUUUUUACUAUAUAAUUAACUCCACAUAUUGAAAAGACUUGUGAAAAUUCAUGCUUCAAAGACAAU